AUGUCGAGCAAGCCGAAAAGCAUGGACGCUGACAUGCUCUUCGGCAUGUUUCUAGGGGCCACCGCUUGGCCGCAUGAAUUGGUCAACUCAGGUUUAGACGUUCUUCUUCUAGCAGCAGACAGGGGAUCCAUCGCAGCUCGUGGAGUAGUCGGCACUGUAGCAAUCUCUUACGGCGCCACCUUGGAUAGGCAAUCUCAAGCACGUCUCCGCGAAUGGCGAGCCACGUCAGCCGCUACAGGUUCGCUACUUACCAAAAGAGAGCUAGCAGUCAGCGAUCGCGACACUCUAGCUGAAUGUGAGAAGCUCUUUCAAGCAAGGGGAGGGUAUGCUACAUUGUAUGGCAGUUUCAACACACCGCAGCAACACCAACCUAUUGCGCAAGAACAGAAGUACUCUCAUCUUCACUGGCUCGCUAACUAUGGUACGCCCAUGGCAUUAAAGUCAUAUUUGGAAGAAGAGAAAGGAUUUGAGAUCGACGUGAAGACGGACACUGGAGAAACCGCUGUUUACUUCGCCUGCGCCCGCGGCUCAUGGGAAGCUUUGCAGUUGCUCUUGUCUUAUGAAAUGGACUGCCUUAUAAUGUGCACUCGAUGGUCGAUUAGCUGUUUGCAUUGGGCUUUCGCGUUCGAAGAAAAUAGGCAGGCUCAAGUAGUCUCAUAUCUGGUCGACGCUGGCGCUAGACUCCAUGCAAUGACAACCGAUCCUAAGCCAUUCCCGCACUACACUUCCAUACUGCCUCCAGGAACACCGCUUCAUUGGUCAGUGGCCACAGGAUCGCACACAGUCACCGAAGCACUGUACCACCAUGGAGCUGAUGUGCCGGCUCGCGAUAGCUAUCAUAUCUACAUAUACGAUGACCGCGUCAGGAUAUUGAACAAGUUCGGCGGUCCGAACAUGGAAGCCUACUCUGUACCUAAAGGGAGAAUAGAAGGAUUGUUCGCACUAGAUUAUGCGGCUAUGUCUCGCGAUCCGUUUAUCUUUGAGCUUCUACUUCGUCAUAAUGUAUCGGUUGACAUCAACGACGUUGAUGAAGAGGGUUUGAGCGUUCUUCAUCGCUUGAGCACUAGCCCAAGACGUCGUACCCGAACUGGUACUGUAUUCUGUAACAGCUUGUUCAUUGGUGCGCCAUCGAAAAGACACGAAGACUUGACCAGGACAUUGGAGGCUAUAAUGAAACUCGGAGGUGAUCUAGAGCUCUUGACUACGCCGUUAAUAACACUGGACGAGCAUAACGGUCGAGAAGUUGCACGUCCCCGAUACACGCCGCUUAUGAUGGCAGCAUUAGGAACAUCUGCCGAGCUGGUUGAGGCCUUACUGUUAGCUGGCGCAGAAGGUCGAUGCUUUGCAUAUGGAGCAGAUGUCAAUCAUGUCGAUAAGAAUGACGCAACCCCGCUCUUUUGUCUCCCCGGUCACCCAAUGCUCGAUACUGUCGAGUUCCUGCUCGGCAAGGGCGCAGACAUCGAACCUGGACAAUCGCCCGUACAAAAUGGUAGAGACUUUAGCAUUUUUGGCAGACUACCUAGAGUAGGUCAGCCAUUCAACGAUAGCGUCGAUCGAAGAAUUAAGAGAAUCUUGAAAAUGUACGUUUUCUCUUGCGCGGACGGAGCAAAGAAGCGGCGUGUCAUCGACGAAAGUGACGGAUUUGGCUACACCUUGUUACACCGCUAUGCUCGGAGUGGUAUGCAACACUGCGUACGCGCUUUUCUGUCUAACAACGCUCCGCUGAAUGCGCUUAACCAAAUUCAGCAGCGGACAUACGAAGACGGCAUAAAUGUAAAUGUGACAUGGCACGAGACACCGCUGGAUACAGCAGCUAUCGAGAAGGAACGCUAUGUUAAAGCAAUGCAGAGUGAUACGCCGAAUACGCUCGAAGAGAAUCUAGACGCGUUGACCAAACUCGAUGCUGUCAUUACCAUACUCCAGGCAGCCGGUGGUAUAUUUCGUAGACAUGAGAUCAAGCGUGAGCUGGACGGCUAG